AUGCCGGAGGGGGUGGCCAAGGAGGCUAAGGAGGAUGGGAAGUCGAAGGCCAAGGAGGCGUCGCCACGAAAACGGCCUGGGAACACGACCAGGGUCAACGUGGAGUUGCUCGAUGGCUCCAAGAUGGAGUUGGACGCUGAUAGGAAGAUCCGCGGCCACGAACUCCUGGACAAAGUGUGCGACAGCCUGAACCUGGUGGAGAAGGACUAUUUCGGACUACUAUACGAAGACCGCGGUGACCCGCGCGUCUGGAUAGACCUGGAGAAACGCGUCUCCAAGUUGAUCAAACGCGAACCUUGGGAGGUCCGUUUCGCGGUGAAGUUCUACCCACCAGAGCCGGCACAGCUGCAAGAGGAACUCACCAGGUACCAGCUCGUACUCGCCGUCAGGAGAGACCUCCUUGAAGGGCGUCUUCCUUGCUCAGCGGUAACCCACGCGUUGCUCGCCAGCUACCUGCUGCAGUCCGAACUGGGCGACUACGAGGAGUCAGAGAAUGGGGCUGGACUGUGCAAGCAGCUGAAGCUGGUGCCGCCCAGCGCUUGUACUCCUGAGCUUGAAGAGAAGGUCGUGGAAUUGCACAAGACUCACAGAGGACAAACGCCAGCGGAGGCGGAACUAAACUACUUGGAGAACGCCAAGAAACUGGCGAUGUACGGCGUGGACCUGCAUCCCGCCAAGGACUCUGAGAACGUCGACAUUACGCUCGGCGUCUGCUCCUCUGGACUGAUGGUGCACCGGGAGAAGCUCCGCAUCAACCGAUUCGCGUGGCCAAAGAUCCUCAAGAUCAGCUACAAACGGCACAACUUCUACGUGAAGCUGCGGCCAGGGGAGUUCGAGCAGUUCGAGUCCACGGUCUGCUUCAAGCUGGCCAACCACCGCGCCGCCAAGAAGCUCUGGAAGACUUGCGUCGAACACCACACGUUCUUUAGGCUGACGAAGCCGGAGCCGGCGCCGCGCGGCACGCUGUUCCCGCGGCUGGGCUCGCGCUUCCGCUACAGCGGGCGCACGCAGCACGAGACGCGCGCCAGCCGGCCGCAGCGCGCGCCGCCGCACUUCGCGCGCACGCUCUCCGCGCGCAAGCUCUCCUCGCGCAGCAUGGACGCAUUGGCAGCCAGUGACAAAGAUGAGUCGAUGCCAACGGACGCCACUAAACGCCACACCAUGCCACCGCAGCCGGCGCCCAGGCCUACCAUCAAGGACAAGCUGCGGAGAAGGUCCGGCGGCACGGCCAGCGCCAGUUCUGCCAGCUCCCUCGAGGGGGAGUACCACGCCGAGCGCCUCGAGAAGAAACCUCCACCAGGGGCAGUUAAGGUGAUGCCAACUGCGCCACCGGAUAAGAAAGAAGAAAAGAUGGUGGCAGAAAGAAAGCCAGCUGAAAACGGCACUGACACAACCAGCGAUCCGGGUAUCACAAACAACGUGGAAACUCCUAAGAGGUCUAAGGCGGGAGGCUUCGGAAUUUUUGGUAGUAAAAAAGAAAAAUCCCCGAAAGAUGAAAAGUCCCCGAAAGACAAAUCGCCAAAAUCUAGAGAUAAAUCACCAAAAGCUAAAGAUAAAUCGCCUAAAGAAAAAGACAAGAAACUGAAAGACCCUAAAACAAAAGUCGCCGUACUCGAUACGUCUAAUGAAAGCUCAAAUCUCGAUAGUUCAGUUGAAAAAAGCCCAAGUAAAGGUGAUGGGAAACCAAGCUUUACUAAACCUUACGAAUAUACGGACACUGAGAAAAGUCCAACUCGCACUAAACCUUUUAUUCAAGGGGCAUUUAGCUAUGAAAAAGAGCCAAUUUCCGAUGAAAAGCAAAGAAGUCUUGAUGACAGUCAAAGCCCCACUACGAGAAAGGCUGGAUUGGCAUUCAAUUAUGCCCCAGGAGAAGAUAAGAAGGUGGCUGAAAGUGCUGAAAAACGCAAAACCCCUGAAGAUCCUAACAAACUUAGAACACCUGGUAUUGAUUAUGUAGAAUCGGCUGCUUUAAAAGAACAAGCCAAAGGACCCAAGCACCUUAUUGAUCCAACCUUGGCCUUGUUAGACUCUGAGAGAGCUCACCAUGAAACCCCCGUUACUGCGGUAGUACCGAUUACUAAAAAAGACAACGAAAUACAAGUGGUAAUUAUAACGGGUCGAUAUAAUCCAAAAACGAAGAAACUUGAUGAUGCUAAUGGAACUAUUCUUGUAACCAAGGGCACUCUGAACAAAUCUAAUGGAAAGAUACAGACGGAAACAGAGUUAAUAAACACAAAAUCAGGCCAAAUAAACUAUACUGAUCCAGCAACCGGUAAACAAGAAGUGAAGAAUGGUCAUGUUGAUUCCAAAUCUGGUCAUAUUCUAUUUACAUCUGGUGUCAUUGACCCUAAAACGGGGAAAAUUGACCCCAUUUUGGCACAGCUAUACUGUUUUGUUGAAAAAUCUGAAGACAAAGUUGGUGCUAAGCCUGGUAGAGAAGUAGAUUUAGUUGUUAUAACUAGUAAAUAUGACGGAAAACACAAAAAACUUGAUCCAUUACAUGGACAUGUGGACGUUUCCAAAGCUAUUGUCGCAUCUGAUGGCACUGUUUAUUCAAAUUAUGGGACCAUUGAUCCUAGAUCCGGUAAGAUUGAUUAUAUCGACCCGAAAACGGGCAAACAAGAUCCAAAACAAGCGUAUGUUGACCAAAAGACUGGAAAUCUUCUUGUGACAACCGGAGUCUUAGACAUAAAAUCAGGAAAGGUGGAUUCAUCACUUGGACAACAGUUCAGUGUCGUCGAAAAGGACGCCACAAAGGCUAACAGAGAAGUGAGGUUGGUUGUCAUAACAAGUAAAUAUGAUAUCAAAAACAAAAAGCUAGACCCGACGUUUGCCCACAUUGAUUCCACAAAAGGAGUACUAAGUGGAACUGAUGGCAAAAUUUAUUCAGAGUAUGGUAUCAUUGAUCCUAGAACUGGUGAUAUCCAAGUAACUAAUACAGAGACAGGCAAACAAGAGAUUAAACAUGCUCAAAUUGAUCCAAAAACAGGUAACAUUCUUCUGCUCUCAGGAGUGAUUGACCCUCGAACCGGACAACUUGAUACUACGCUAGGACAACAGUAUAGUGUCGUCGAUAAGCCUAUAUCUACAUUUGCUUCGGUUUCAGGAAAGGACGUUCAAUUAGUAAUUAUCACAAGUAAGUAUGAUUCUAAGAACAAAAGAUUGGAUAAUCCUAAUGGUCAUGUCGAUACUUCAAGAGCAAUUAUUUCUUCGGACGGAAGAAUCCAUUCAAAUUUCGGUAUUCUUGAUCCGAAAACUGGGAAAGUGGAACAUACGGAUUCCGUAACAGGAAGACAAGAGAUAAAGCAAACUACAGCCGACCCGAAAACUGGCCACUUCAUUCUUGCGACCGGUAUUGUAGACCCGAAGAGUGGAAAGACAGAUUCAUCUCUUGCUCAGCAAUGGUGUAUUGUAGAUAAAGAUACAGUUAAAAGUACGCCCGAAAGACAUAUAAACUUAGUGAUAGUUACCGCUAAAUAUGACCCUAAGAAUAAAAAAUUAGAUCUAUCGAACGCUCAUGUCGACUCUGUUCCUGGAAUUAUUAAAGAUGACGAGAAAGUUUAUACAGAAAAAGGUAUCAUAGAUCAAGGUACAGGUCAAGUCACUAUUGUAGACCCUGCCACAGGAAAACAUGAGGUUAAAAAGGCAUCCUUGGAUUCUAAAACCGGCAAUCUGUUAUUGACUUCUGGCGUUGUCGAUCCUCACACAGGAAAAGUGAACUCUGAUUUAGCCCAACAAUUGACUAUUGUUAGUGAAGACGUCGAUAAAGUUCCUGCAAUAUCUGGCAGAAAAGUGCAACUUGUCGUUAUUACUAGCAAAUACGAUCCAAAAACUAAAAAAAUAGAUAAUCCUAAUGGACACGUGCAAACUUUAUCAGCUGUAAUGUCAAACGAUGGCAAAGUUUAUUGUAAUAAUGGAGUUUUGGAUCCAAAGACAGGCAAAAUUGAACAAACUGAUCCUAAGACUGGUAAACAAGAAACAAACCAAGCCAUUUUCGAUUCUAAUACGGGACAUUUUACUCUUGCUUCUGGUGUCAUAGAUCCCAAAACUGGAAAAAUAGAUUCUUCACUUGGACAGCAAUGGUGUGUAAUUGAUAAGGAGUCUCCGAAAGAAGCUCCAGCUCGAUAUGUUAACCUGGUAAUAAUUACAUCUAAAUAUGAUCUAAAGAAUAAGAAACUAGAUCUUGCUAAUCCGCAUGUUGAUACGAUUUCUGGAUAUGUUGGUGCUGAUGAUAAAGUUUACACGGAUAUUGGCGUUAUUGACCCGUCCAAUGGACAAGUCACUUAUAUUGAUUCUAUAACACGAAAACAGGAUAUUAAAAAAGCAUCAGUCGACCCAAAAACUGGAAAUUUGUUGCUUACGUCAGGCGUAGCAGAUCCACAAACAGGACAUGUUGAUCCAACUUUAGGACAACAAUUAAGUAUUGUUGAAAAACCAAAGGACACAUUUGCUACAGUUCCCGGCAAAGAGGUGCAGCUUGUAGUGAUUACAAGCAAAUACGAUCCGAAAACCAAAAGACUAGAUAAUCCGAAUGGUCACAUAGAAACAUCACGAGGAAUAAUUGCAGCCGAUGGAAGAAUUCAUUCUAAUCAUGGCAUUGUUGAUCCGAAAACAGGUAAAAUUGAGCAAGUUGAUCAUAAAACUGGCAAAACAGAGAUUAAACAUGCUGUUACAGAUCCUAAAACUGGACAUUUAAUUAUUACAUCUGGCGUUGUUGAUCCAAAGACUGGAAAGGUGGAUUCAACUCUUGCUCAACACUUAAGUAUUGUAGGCAAAGAUAGUAAACCCUUGCAAAGAGAAAUUUAUUUAAUCAUAAUCACUACAAAAUAUGAUCCAAGAACAAAGAAAAUCGAUCCAAAUCAAGGAAUUGUGGAUACCGUAGCUGGAACAGUUUCAUCUGACGGUAAAAUUAUGACGGAAUUCGGUGUAGUAGAUCCUUCGACUGGUGAAAUUACAAUUACUGAUCCUGUAACAGGUAAAAAAGAAAUUAAAAAAUCUAUUAUUGAUCCGUUGUCGGGACAUAUGCUGGUAACAAACCAAGUGGUUGAUCCCAAGACAGGAAAAGUUGAUCCAACAUUGGUUCAACAGUUCAGCAUUGUCAGUAAAAAGGUCGUUCCACAUGCUAAACCGGCAUCGAAAGGUGAAAUCCGUCUUGUUAUAAUUACGGGAAAAUACGACCCGCGUACAAAAUCUGUGGAUGCUGGUUCUGGAACGGUAGAUACUUCCAAAGGCUUCGUUAGCGUUGAAGACGGUAAAAUUCAUACCGAUUUCGGCAUUAUUGAUCCAAGAUCGGGACAGAUACUAUAUAAAGAUCCUGUCACGGGUAAACAGGAAUUAAAGCAAGCAGAAAUAGAUCCACAAACUGGCAACUUCCUAGUGACCACUUCAGUAGUAGAUCCAUGUACUGGUAAAGUAGAACCUUCUUAUGCUCAACAGCUAACGAUUGUUGACAAACAAAAUGUUUUGCCUAAAGCUGCACCUGUAACGCAAAGAACUAGUGUCUCCCCAGCUAGGCAAGUGGCAUCUCCUAUAAAGACUCCUACUCAGACAUCUGUGCACACACCAUUAAGUUCACCAGUAAAAUCUUCCUCGCCCAUUAUUAGUAGUCAAGCUCAAAAAGCUUCGCCUAUUACGUCAGUUGCACCGGUCAGUCCGAAAACAUCACCUGUUAAACCCACGUCUGCACCUCCAGCACCGCCUAAGAGAAAGAUUGUGAAAAUUAUGGUUAUAUUCGCUAAAGUCGAUCCUAAGACAAAGAAACCAGAUUUAAGUACAGCAGAAGUUGAACAUGUAACUGGUAUACUCGAUCCGAAUGGUCAGAUUGAAACGAAGUAUGGUGUCUUAGAUUCAAAUAAAGGUAACUUAGUUGUAAGUGAUACAAACGGCCAGAGAAAAACAAAAGAUGGUGUUGUAUUCCCUGAAACUGGUCAAAUAUUUAUACCAUCUGGUGCAAUAGACCCAAAAACUGGUAAAGCUGAUCCAAAUCUAGGAAUGAUAUUGAGCGUCGCAAAACAGGAUGACCCUGUAGUAGAAAUUACAACUAUAACAGGUCCGAUUGACCCUAGGACGAGUAAAGUUGAUAUCGAGAAUGGCUUUGUAGAGUAUACUAAAGGAAAGGUUGAUGCAGAGACCGGACACAUUUCAACUAAAUAUGGUGUAAUUGAUCCUUCAAAUGGAGUCAUCUUUGUUACUGAUACCUCAGGAGCUCAGGAUACUAAACCUGUAGACAUUGAUGAAAAUAAUGGCCAAAUUACUAUUACAGGUGCUAUCGAUCCCAAAACUGGAAAGCUUGAUCCAAAACUUGGUCAAGUACUAGUUGUUGGUACUCACAUUGACCCAGUUGUUGAAGUAACUACAUUUGUUGGAAAAGUUGAUUCAAAGAAAGGUAUCAUUGAACCUAGGCAUUCUGCAAUUGAAAGCUCUACAGGACAAUUUAAUCCAGAUAAUAAUAAGAUUGACACUAAAUAUGGUCAGAUCGACUUAGUUAAAGGCACUGUAACAUACAAUGAUCCCAAGACGGGUAAAUUCGAAAGUAAAGAAUUAAACGUAGACCCAGUUACUGGACAAUUUCUGCUUAGAAGUGGUCAGAUCAAUCCUAAAUCUGGUAAACCGGACAAAGACAUUGGCCGGUUAAUUUGCUUAAGAAUUAUCCGGAAUAAAGUUGACCCGGUUUCUGGCAAGCAAAUUGUUUCCAAUGAUCCUAGAAAUGUCAAAGUUGACCCGAAAACCAAUCAAAUUUGGAUUGCGGGACCGAAAGAUCCACAAACCGGAGACGUUAUUUACACUGCUGGUCAAAUUGAUCCCGUUACUGGCUAUAUCAUUACAAUUUACGGACGUCUUGAUCCUAAAACGGGAACCAUAAUUAGAACCACGGAAAUUGACAAAUCACUCAUUAAAGUUGAUCCGAUUAAUGGACAAAUUUACACAGCUACUGGUGAAGUUGAUGAAGACAAUCAACCAUUAUAUUCAGCCUCUCAAGUGGAUCCAGGAUCUGGAGAAAUUUAUACCAAGUUGGGUAAGAUAGAUGCUCGAACUGGUAGAUUGAUAAUAAUUAAAAUUUAUGUCAUUACACAAAAGGAUGAAAAGGGUCGUGUAAAGGAAGUUGAUCCUCGAGAAUGCACAAUAGAUGAAACAACCGGUAGAAUAAUAACAACAAAAACAGUCUACUUGUACCAAAUCAUCGAUCCUAUAACUGGGGAAACUAUUGAUGUAGACCCAGACGACCCGAGACUUAAAGGUGCGCGGACAACUGUAACACAAACUAUGACGUUAUCGGGUAAAAUAGAUCCAAUAACGGGCAGAAUAAAGACGGAGUACGGUGACAUUGAUCCAGAUACUGGCGAUAUAGACCCUAGCACAGCUGUCCGAGACCCAGUUACUGGGCAGUUAAUAUUACAUUAUUCACAAAUCGACCCAUCUCACUUCGAAGAUAAGAGUGGAAAUUACACGAUAGAGAAGGAAACGCAGGACCUUCCGGCGAACAUUGAUAUCGAAACAGUGAACACGCACAAAUUCUCAACAUUCGGCAAGGACGAGAGCCCGGCACGAGGUGACGAACCUAAAACUUUCACAGAGUACACUACUAGUGAACACAUUAGGCACCAGGGCUAUGUCUCAUCCAGCACCCCCCUUUCCUCAAAAAUCCCAGUUUCACAGCGAACAAAGAAAACCCCAACUCCGCCUGUGGUUGUGAAGACGACGACAAAGCAACUCCUAACUAAGAACGAAGAGGGAGUGACUCAUAACGUCGAGCAAGAGGUCGAAAACCUGGGAACUGGUGAAGUGACGUUCUCCACUCACACCAACAAGGCGGAAAGCCUAGAGCCGAUGGAGGGAAAGAGUCCGUACGUAACGGCGCGAGCGGUGACCACUCGGACGGCAACAACUCACCACGAUCUAGAUACGAAGGCGAAAACGCAACAGAUGGAAGAGAAAACCGUCGCACACACUCUCACUUCCUCUGCUACGAGGCAGGAGCAGCGUGUGUUGACACAGGAAGUCAAAACCAUGGUUACUACCGGCGAUCAGCUGACUAGACGCGGCUCAGAAAGUUCGCUGAGCAGUGGUGACUCGGGUACGCCGAUCGACUUCGAGGAGGGCGGGGAAGGUGCCUACUAUGUCACCGAACCCGGUACAUAUCGAACCACUACCACGAGCACGGUUAUGGGGAAUGCGCCAUUCGGCAGCAUGGUGCACGGAUCUACCACCAGGACCAGCACGGGUCCCCAGAUAACGGAGACGAAAGAUGAGGGUUCGGGCGAGUGUACGGUCGAAGGGGGUGAAGGUGAAGUCGUCUCCUCGCAGACCAUCAGCUCCAAGACGCGCACCGUCGAGACCAUCACCUACAAGACGGAGCGUAACGGUGUGGUAGAAACCCGCGUGGAACAGAAGAUCACCAUCCAGUCCGACGGCGACCCCAUCGACCACGACCGAGCGCUAGCCGAGGCCAUACAGGAGGCCACAGCGAUGAACCCCGACAUGACGGUAGAAAAGAUCGAGAUCCAACAACAGAGCACGCAGCCCUAA